AGUAGUUCAUGCCAUUUCAUGUUACAUAUCCACUUCUCUUAACCUUUUCCUUCUUUUUAGAACAGAGUCUGAAACGUGUUCACGUUCUUUUCACGAAUCGUAUUUCAUCUGUGUACAGUUUUUAAUAUUUUUGCACAGUACUAACCAAAAUGCCUCCUAAAUUUGAUCCUAAUGAAAUUAAGAAAGUUUACUUGCGAUGCGUGGGUGGUGAAGUAGGUGCAACCUCUUCUCUUGCCCCAAAAAUUGGUCCUCUUGGUCUAUCGCCAAAGAAAGUUGGUGAUGAUAUUGCUAAAGCUACUAGUGACUGGAAAGGUUUGAAGAUCACAGUACAAUUGACAAUUCAGAAUAGGCAAGCUACUAUUUCAGUAGUACCAUCUGCAGCUUCCUUAAUAAUUAAAGCCUUGAAGGAACCUCCAAGAGAUCGUAAAAGGCAGAAGAAUAUUAAACACAGUGGAAAUUUAGGAUUUGAUGAUAUUGUUACCAUUGCUAGGACAAUGAGACCAAGAUCUAUGUCAAAAUACCUUAGCGGUACUGUCAAGGAAAUUCUUGGAACAUGCCAAUCAGUUGGUUGUACGGUGGAAGGCAGACCACCGCGUGACCUUAUAGACGAUAUUAAUGCUGGAGAAUUACAAGUUCCUGACGAGUGAUAUGAUUUUUCAUAAGCUGCAAUAAAUACAAUUGUUUCAAAAUAA